AUGGGCGCAUCUUCAUCAAAUCCUUUUAAUUCAAUCUUUAAAAACAAAUCUAUUAAAAUAUUAAUGUUAGGUUUAGAUGGUGCAGGAAAAACUACAAUUUUAUAUAAAUUAAUGUUAAAUGAAGUUGUUACAACAAUUUCAACAUUAGGAUAUAAUGUAGAAACAAUUCAACAUAAGCAUUUAAAUCUUACACUAUGGGAUUUAGCAGGAGAAGAGAGAAUCAGAUCAUUGUGGAGACCAUUCUAUAACAAAUGUUCAGCAAUUAUUUUCGUAGUUGAUAGCAGCGAUAGAUUAAGAGUAGAAGAAGCAGCAGCAGAAUUAAGUAAAUUAAUGAAAGAAGAAGAGCUAAGCGGUUGUAGUUUAUUGAUUUUUGCAACAAAACAAGAUUGUAUAUCACCAAUGGAAAUUCCAGAAUUAACAGACGUAUUGGGAUUACACGAAAUAAGAGAUAGAAAAUGGUACAUUCAGCCAACUAAAACAUUAGAAGGUGUCGGUAUUUACGAAGGUCUCGAUUGGUUAUCAUCAAAAAUUAUUGAAGAGCGUAAACAGAAAUCAUUUAAAUUAUUUGGUUCAAAAAAUAAAAAACAAAAACAAAAACCAAACAACAUCCCAAAUAAUAACAACAAUAAUAGAAAAAUUCAAAUGUCUUAA